AUGUCCGCCGGGCAAGACGACAACUGGCCAAGGGUGAAGGGUGCUCGGUCUGGAACAGAAACAUUAGAAUCAAUGGCUUCCUCCAAUGAUAAGCCCAUCAUUAAGAAGCGCGCCGUUGCCGCGACAUUUCUCUUCAGGUUCAACGACAGCAGCAGCAGCAAACCCGGGACAGCCGAGGUUGCUCUGUUCAGGCGAAGCUCCAAAGUCCGCACAUACCAGCAUAAAUUAGCCCCUAUUUCAGGCAGCGUUGAUCCAGAUGACUCCAAUCCCCUCGCCACGACGCUCCGAGAGAUCAAGGAGGAGACGUCGCUAGAGCUCGGUCGUGACAUUGAGCUCAUGCGCAAGGGCAAGCCGUAUUCAUUUGCGGAUCAUGACAUUGGUCGCGAAUGGACCGUCAACCCGUUUGCUUUCCGUCUCAAGUCCGUCGAGGAGGGCGGCAGAGGUGAACCCGGGAUCACGAUUGACUGGGAACACGAUGGCUGGGAAUGGCACGAUCCCCUCAACGUGAACGAUUCGGAGGAGUUUGGUGGUGUGCCCAGACUAGUGGAUAGUCUUCGCAGGGUCUGGCCCGAAAUUGAUCUAGGUGCAGCGGCUGGUGUAGCAUUGACAGACGGUCUUAAGGCGCUUCAAAAUGACCACGAGAGCGGUGCUCGAGUUCUGGCCGCAAGUGCUGUACGCAUCUUGAGAGACGUCAUUUAUAAACUGCCGCCGCCAGGCCAGUCAGAUGAUAGCGCCAAAGUCAUUCGCAUGGCAGCAUGGCAUCUGUGCUACAACGGCCGGGAGAGCAUGGGCGCUGCCAUUACCAGUUCGAUUGUCACGGUCCUGGACAAGAUAGAAGAGGUUCUAAAGAAGGUCAAGACCAACCCCGAGGGACAGAAAGACGAAGUCCUUUCAGAGAUUGACAAGUUCUUGGAGCAAAGAGAUUCGGCAGUCGAUCGCCUGCGUGGCUUUUUUGUCGAGCAUAUCAUUGCAAACACUUUCGACAACCGAAACCCACAGGAUACACUCUCCGUCCUCACAAUGUCAUACAGCUCAACCAUCUCUGGCUCACUUCUGGCAGCUGCAAGGAGUCUAAAUGUGGCAUUGGAUCUCCGAAUCCUAGAGUCCAGGCCCUUAUGCGAAGGUGUAACACUAGCCUCCAAACUACUUGAAGAGGCAACUCCGGAAGACAAUGUUAAUGUGACGCUCUACUCUGAUGCAUCCGCUGCCAUUGCUGCGCAAGGAGUGGAUGCCUUUCUGCUUGGUGCCGAUCGAAUCAGCGCGGAAGGAGACGUGAGCAACAAGACGGGAACGCUUCCCACCGCGUUAAGCACUCGUUACGUCUCGCCCAAUGCAAAGAUUAUUGUUCUUAGCGAAGUAGAAAAGAUUGCUGGGCCAGGCCCAAUCAACGAGCACGGUGUGGAAGAGAAUGAUCCCGCAGAGCUAUGGCGAAGCUGGAAUAAUACAGUCAAAGGAGCCAGUAUCCUUGUACAAUACACGGGAAAAUCACACGAAAACACCAGUCACUCGACAGCCUCGGUGAAGAACAUCUAUUUCGAAUGGCUCCCAGCAAGUUUUGUCAACACUUACAUUACUGAUGAGGGUUCCUGGUCUUUGAAGGAUAUCAGGGCGAAAUCUUCCGAAAUCGGAAAACAGACAACACGGUUCUUUUCCGGCUUAUAA